AUGAUGUCCUUUCUUAAAUUUCUUGUCUCAGCUUUGACUGUAACUUCUGCUGUGCUACCUGCUUCUGCAGGUCUCAUCAGCAAACGUGAUGUAGUCAAGCCUAAAGUGAUGGUUAUAUCGAUGUUUGCUCCCGAAGCUGAUGCUUGGUUAAACCCUUGGAAUGAUUUGUAUGCAAAUAAUAUCACUGUUCCUGGUUUAAAUACUCUCUUUCCCGAAGUGCACUGCAACACAGAACAGAGUGUAUGCCAGGUUACAACUGGUGAGGGUAAAUCCAAUGCUGCUAGUUCGAUGACGGCUCUGACUGUAAGUCCCAAAUUUGAUUUGUCUGAAACUUUCUUCAUCGUCUCCGGUAUUGCUGGUAUAAACCCUUAUGCUGCUUCUCUUGGUUCUGUCAGCAUUGCCAAAUUUGCUGUUGAUGUCGAUUUGGUUCAAACUAUUGAUCUCCGUGAACUGCCAAAACAAUAUCAAUCGGCAGGCUGGGAAAUUGGUACCGAUCCUUAUGGUGAUGGCACUUCAAACAACGAAGUCGUUUACCCCACAACAUUUGAUUACCAAACCAAUCUUUAUCAAUUGAACACCACCUUGAUUGAAGCUGCGCUUGAAAUUAUCAAGGAUGUUGUUCUUGAGGACAGUGAAAAGGCUGCCGAAUAUCGUAAGAAAUACGAGGAAACUCCUGCUCAACGCGCUCCUUUUAUUCUUCAAUGCGAUACUGCCACCAGUGACAACUACUGGGCCGGUAAUUAUAUGGGAGAUUUUGCCAGUAACAUUACAAACGUCCUUACCAACUACACCGGUCAUUAUUGUACUUCCCAACAAGAGGAUAGUGCUUCCCUUACCGCUAUCAAGCGUGCCGCUGGUUCUGAUUUGACCGACUUUAGCCGUGUCAUUGUCAUGCGUUCUGGUUCUGAUUUUGACCGUGGCACCGGAUCCAUAUCUGCUCUUGACAAUCUGUUAAAAGGCAACGGUCAUACUCUUUCUCUUGCUGCUGCUAACCUGUACCAUGCAGGUAAACCUUUGGUGGAUCACAUUGUCAACAACUGGUCUUAUUGGAACUAA